AUGGUUUCGUUUACUUACCUUCUUACUCUCCUUGCCGCUUCCGCGGCUGUUGCCACUCCCGUUGCCCUACUCAACGAGGACUCGACGGUUGGAAUCCGCCAGUCCGGCCAGGUCUACGUCUGCAAGUCCGGCGCCAAGAACGACGGAACUGUCUACGGUGACAUCGGAUACGACAAGGCCGUAGGCUACUUCCGCGCCGCGAAGACCACGAAGGGUGCCAGCGGCUACCCCAAGCCGUUCGACAACAAGGGCAACGUCAUGACGUUUGCUUCCGGCUGUAGCUCCAACGUCUGGGAGCUUCCCGUUCUUGCCAACGGAAAGGCUUACGACUACAACUCCAAGAAGGGCGGAAACAGCCCUGGCCCCAUGCGUGUUUACUACACGAAGGAUCUCAAGUUCUGCGGUAUUGGCGCCAAGGAGAAGGCAGACGGCACUGGCAACCCCCACAACUGCGUUCUGAAAUGA